AUGCUUUACUUGGCUCAAACAGCUCAUUGGCAGUUCUGGGCCCUCAUCACCGGGUUCCUGGCCUGGAUCCUGACCAUGACCACUGCCGGAAUCGAUGACUGGCGCAUCUGGCAGGUGGACAAUGUUUCUGUCAUCGACUCGGGCGUGGCCUGGGUGGGCAUCUGGAGGGCGUGUUUCCACAGCCACGUCCUCCCCAAGAUGGAGAACUGUUGGAGCAUCAGCAUCUCCAACAGCUUUGUUCCAGUGGAGAUCAUUGUGGCUCAGGUGAUGAUGAUGCUUGCAGUGAUUUGCGGCCUGGCCGGGAAUAUGACCGCUGCAGUAGCCGUGAGGAUGGUCUACUUCUCCGUGGAAAACCGCAGGCACAUCAGGCUGGCCUUCGCAGCAGGAGGCAUCCUGUAUUUGCUCACAGCCACGUUGUGUUUGGUGCCGCUGGUGUGGAACAUGACUUCAGUGCUGAACAACAGGACCAUAGACUUUCCUCCUGAGUUCCACUUGCCUGCUGCUCCUGUCAGCCAGGAGAUCGGCUCGGCCAUCGGAGUGGGCCUCUUCUCCUCCAUCCUGAUGCUCAUCAGCAGCCUGUUUUUCCUCUGCUACCGGUACACAUGGCGGAGUGUGAGCUCCGAGGACUCCAGGGACCCGCUCCAUGGUCCCUGGACGGUCACAACACUACCACAGAACUCUGAUUUAUCUAAUGGAGACACCCUGGGCAUCGAUAAUCCCGGAUUCACCAAUGAGUAAAACUCAAAUCAACAACACAACUGAUUCAAUUUCCCCAUGAGAGAGACUUCAUCAGCUAUCUGAACACAAAGAUACACUUUAAGUCAAAUGAUUUGUUAUGUUAAUGCUUUGAUAUCAAAUUUAGGAGUAUUAACUACAAUGGGGAACAUUUGCCAUUAUGCUAUAUUACUAAAAACACUGCUCACAAAAAACUAAAUCAUCCACAAUAUCAAAACAAUGCUUCAUUGUAGAAACAAACUGUAUAAACAACUUUGCUCUCUUUUUACCUUUAAGGCUAAUUUGGCUAAUGACUUAGCUAAUAGCUGCUACUAUCAGUUUCCUCUGGCAGAUGUAGAGCAACAUCAGCAGUCUCGUGGAGUCGUA